CUGUUGGUAACGAUCGCCUUCAGUCAACCGGUGAAGCUUUUCUCCAUGAAGCUGCUCUGCUCAGAUUUAGCUCAGGCCCCUAAGGUGAUGAAGCUCUUCAUCAACCUUCCUCGGUCGAUGGGUUUCGACGACGCCGAGCGUAGCGAAGCCACCCAGACUCUGGAGCUGUCGGAGGAGGACUACAAAGACGACGGUCUGAUUCCGCUGCGCUACGUCAAGUUUCAGAACGUCCAGAGCGUCACGUUGUUCGUGAAGUCGAACCGAGGAGACGAGGAGACGACAAAAAUCAACUACCUGACGUUCAUCGGCACUCCGGUUCAGGCCACCAACAUGAGCGACUUCAAGCGGGUUGUCGGGAAGAAAGGAGAGAGUCACUGAGCGAGAGGGAGGAAGAGGAGGCCGAAGAGCUGCGUCCACAACGUCCUCCGUCUUUAAAUUCUGUUAAAAUCACUGUAAAUAAAAUACAAUCCUUUUUCAAAGGCA